AUGCCACCUGUGGCCGAGAACUUGUCGUUCGCGGAUCGGCUGCUAUCUCAUUUGACAGCCCACAGAAGACGAACAGUGUUGUCGUUAGCAAUGACGGACAACUCCGUUCAUAUCUAUCUAUCUAUCUAUCUAUCUAUCUAUCUAUCUAUCUAUCUAUCUAUCUAUCUAUCUCUGUCAGUUCAUACCUAUCCAUCUACAGUUCUGUUCAUAUCUAUCUAUCUAUCUAUGUUCAUAUCUAUCUAUGAAUCUAUUUGUCUAUUUAUCUAUCUAUCCAUCUCUGUCAGUUCAGAUCUAUCUAUCUAUAUCUGUUCAUAUCUAUCUAUUUCAAUCUGUUCUUAUCUAUCUAUCUAUCUAUCUAUCUAUCUAUCUAUCUAUCUAUCUAUCUCAGUCUGCUCCUAUCUAUCCUGUUCAUAUCUAUGUAUGUAUGUAUCUAUUUCUGUUUGUUCAUAUGUAUCUGUUUCAGAAUUUACAGGACAUUCUUAUUUUAUCUGUUCAUAUCUAUCUAUCUAUCUAUCUAUCUAUCUAUCUAUCUAUCUAUCUAUCUAUCUAUAUGUCUGUCUAUGUCAGUUCAUAUCUAUCUUUCUAUCUAUAACUGUUCAUAUAUAUCUAUCAAUCUAUUUGUCUAUUUAUAUAUCUAUCCAUCUCUGUCAGUUCAGAUGUAUCUAUCUAUAUUUGUUCAUAUCUAUGUAUUUCAAUCUUUUCAUAUCUAUCUAUCUGUCUAUCUAUCUAUCUAUCUAG